AUGGUUACUUCGGGCUUCAGCGAUGAAAGACUGUCACUGGACCAAACACUAGAGGAUCCAUGGAGUGCAUACUUGAAAUUGGACAAAACCAGGUUGAGACACCUGCUAAAGAUGCUCUACGCCUCAUCAAUGCCUUAUUACCUUUCCUUGUGGGGCGUAAAAUUCUACCUUGUCACACUGUUUUACCAACUAAUCCCGCCGGCGACCAUGCCGAAGCAAAGGAUUGCCUUGCACAUCAUCACCGUUUUUGUAAUAUCUUCGUGCUUCGUGUGGCUAGGGCUUAACAUCUUUUGGUGUAUACCAAUAAGCAGUAACUGGGAAGUCGAAGAUCCGCAGGAUGCAUGCGUGGCGUAUUUUGCUUAUGAUCCGUAUAUUGUUACGGUGUCAUUGCAUACGGGUACUGAGAUUAUGAUUUUCUCGCUUCCUUUUUCAUUCCUUCACGUCCUCCGACGGAACAACAUAAAGCAGUUCUACGCGGCAAGUGCCAUCUUUGCCAUCGGCUUCGUCGGUGUUAUAAUAACCCUAGGAAGGGUGGCAUAUGUGUUCACGGCCGGCUCCGGUCCCAUAAUAGGUAUGCAACAGGCCUGGGCAGCGGUAGAGCAAUCAGUCGGUAUCAUCGUAUGUUGCCUCCCCGCUUUUAAAUCUCUAGUGCUACGCAAGAAAAGUCUAGGAAGCGGGAGUAGACUCGUUGGAUCCGGAAGUCGUAGUGCUCAUGAUAGUAGAAGGAGGAGUGCACCUGUUGCUAUGGAAGAGACGGGGACCAGACCUUUAGAAGGAAGAGGGGGCGUUAUCGAUCCAGAUGCUUCGAUUAUGAGGGUAGAAACUUUUGAACAGGAAAGUAGAGGGAGGAGGGGGAGUUUGACAAGUAUGCUUCUGCCUGGAGGGUUAUCGAGGAAGAAUAGUUUGAAUAAGGUACCGUCUAUUGCGACGACGGGCGAGUUGGCACCGGCAGUUGAAAGGCCGAGACCUCAGAGAAAGGUUACAGGGCUGGAGACUAUCAAUGAUGCUUAA